AUGGCCGAUGACACCUUGAGCCGCCGCAUAGUCCGGCCCCUCCUGUCACCGCCUUAUUCCAGCACCAGUCGGAUCUGGCCAGAUCCGGGCCAGGAGGAGCACCCCGUCGUCGCCAUGAGUUGCCUCGGCCCCGUCCUCGCCGUCCGGAGCCUCCUCAUGCAGCGCCGCCGUCAGCGAGGAUCGGCGACGGGGACGCACACCGGUUUCAAGCGGGCCACGAGCCGACGAGCAUCGGCGAUCAGCGUGGCGAGGAUCGGCGACGGGGACGCACACCCGUGUCAAGCGGGCGACGAGCCGACGAGCAUCGGCGAUCAGCGUGGGUGCCGUGAAGUCUCCCUUCCUCCCGCCCGCGCCUCUCUCGGUUCGGGGACGCAACCGGUUCUGCAGGAGGCCGAUUUUCUUCUGCAGCCACACCGGCGAUCAGCGCGGGUGGUCAGAAUGAUGGAUCGUAUUAAGGUGCUGCGUUCCCUCUGCAAGGUGUUGGACUCAAAUUUUGAAGACAAGUUAGAAGAACUGGGCCAAUGGGAGGAGCUUGAAGAGGGGACGGCAGAAUGGAAAACAGCCGAGAACAGAUUGGAGCGGACGAUACAGACUCUACUCGAGACCAGAGAGGAGAGAUACAAUAAGCUAAAAGAGUGUGGGACUAAGGUCAUCCAACAGUGGAAAUCAAACGACACACCACCAUCAAGAAUCGUCGAUUUUUCGGAAGCCUUGGCAUUUUAUGAUGCCGCAUCAGCAACAGAGUCAUCGGCACAGUUGACUGGAUACAAAGCUCUGAACAUUGAUUCAAUAAAGAAGAUAAAUAAUGAAAUUCUUCUGCAAAAAUCACUAGAGCUGAAGAAACUGAAAGACAAGUUUGUCAGGCGCAAGAGCAAGCUGCUUUCACUGAUUCAGAAGAGUCAUUUUUCCUCGAGUCUGGUGCAUUUUGAUUUUGAAAUGAAAGUUGAGACGAAUGAAGAUUAUUUUGUUGCUUGCAAAGAGUUGAAAGAGGCGAUCUCAAAGGCCAAAGCUCAAGUUGUUAAGAGGAAGGAAAUAAUAAUGAGAACAGAGAUGUUGGAAUUGGCCGUAGAUCAAACAAUGCCUCUGGCAAAUAUCGAUGGGUUCAUCCAGGUCAUCGAAACUCAGGUGGAUGUGUUGGUUCAGGAAGAAGGGAGACCUUUCAUCUACGAUGAUGGAGAUAUACAUUUAACUCUGGAUAGGCUCCAAACCAUUGAUUCCAAGAAGAAGGCUCCACAAACUUCAGGUUCCAAGCUGAAAAUAAGAGAACUUGUUCUGGAAAAGGGGAUGCAGGAGAAAGCUUCAGGCACCUCAGGAGCAAGUUUCUGUCUGUCUGCUGCCAAUGCGGGUGAGGAAUCUCUUGUUGUUGCUCCAAAGAAGCCCACAGCAGUUUCGAGAUCAAGUUCAAGGCCCAAGGAGAAGCAAACUCAACCGGAACUGCGAAGAAUAACACGACUGUCCGCCAAAGUCUUUACGCAGGAGGAAUCAUCAAGCUCCCAAAUUGGAGAAGAAGAAGAUUACCCAGGAGAAACCUCAAGAACAAGUUCCAGUCUGUCUGCUGCUAAUGGUCGUAAGGAAUCUCGUAUUGUUGCUCGAAAGAAGCCCACAGCACGUGUGAGAGCGAGUUCAAGGCUCAAGGAGAAGGAAACUCAACCGGAACUGCGAAGAAUGACACGACUGUCUGCCAAAGUCUUAACACAGCAGCAAUCAUUAAGCUCCCAAACUGGAGAAGAAGAAGAUUACUCAGGAGAAACCUCAAGAGCAAGUUCCAGUCUGUCUGCUGCUAAUGGUCGUAAGGAAUCUCGUAUUGUUGCUCGAAAGAAGCCCGCAGCACGUGUGAGAGCAAGUUCAAGGCUCAAGGAUAAGGAAACUCAACCGGAACUGCGAAGAAUGACACGACUGUCCGCCAAAGUCUUAACGCAGCAGGAAUCACCUGGCUCCCAAACUGGAGAAGAAGAUUACUCAGGAGAAACCUCAAGAGCAAGUUCCAGUCUGUCUGCUGCUAAUGGUCGUAAGGAAUCUCGCAUUGUUGCUCGAAAGAAGCCCGCAGCACCUCUGAGAGCAAGUUCAAGGCUCAAGGAGAAGGAAACUCAACCGGAACUGCGAAGAACAACAAGAGUCUCUGUCAAAGUCUUUUCUCAGCAAGAAUCACCAGGCUCCCAAAGUGGAGAAGAAUACUCGGGGCAAAGCUCACUGCCUGUUGAACCGCAGUUGAUAGCUUCAUUGCCACCACAUCCAAGGCAACCUAGGACUCUAAGAGUGGAAAUACGACCUGGUGAAGCCGUGAAGGAUGAUGACAAUAGCUGACAAGGUCCGCAUCUUGAUGGAAAUGAACAUCCAAAAUAAGGGGCCAGGGCCAGGUGCAAGGAAUGAAAAAGCAAAAACUGAGUGAAUCAGCAAGUUCUUCAUGGGUUGCAGGAAUCUUUUGCCAACAAACAGAAGUUCUUUUUUUUGAAACCGAACAAACAGAAGUUUUUGCGCUGUAGGAAUCGUGUAGUGAUCCAACCGUAGCCAAAAUUGUCUAUUUUUUUUGUUGCUGGCCUGAUCUUUCACAUAUACUAUCAGAUGCAGUGGGGAUCUUUUUUCCAGAACUUUUUGCCUGAUCAGUUGA